AAAGACCGCUGGUAUCCAGAACAUCUGAGACAUGUAGCGAGAAGUGAGUCAUAAAGGCGUAGAAAGGAUGUUGGAAAUUGGUGCUUGACGUUUGUGCUAACAUUUGAAAUAUGGUGUUUGCUGUGUGAGGAAUACUUUCUCGAACGACACACCAAUAUCUAAAUCUGAGAGUUCAACCUACGCUAUGAGCUACGGUUCGCAUUUAGUGUGAAGUACGGUGAUGAUAUUUUGGACGUAAACAACAGCAGAUAAUGUAGUGGCUGUUUACAUUUGCCACGAAAACAUCAGCAUGGCAUAAUGGUAGAUCGAUGAGAGACAUAUUAGGGGCAGCCACCUGAAGUAGUAACAAAUUGUUUGAGGCCUGCAGUUCUGUCACAAUGCCUCGAGCACUCCCAGAUGGGCCUGGUGGCUCUUCCUUUGCCAACAAGCCGGCUCGAGGAUGGCCUCAUUCAGACCAGCAACUUUCCAAAGAAGGCAUAACAUAUGCUGUCAGAUACAUUGGCUGCCUUGAAAUACGCACAUCAAUGAAGAGCUUGGAUUUUGAAACAAGGUCUCAAGUAGCGAAGGAAUGCAUUAAUAGAGUAUGUGAAGCUGCUGGCCUGAAAACUGUUGACAAAAAAAGAAAGGUUGAGAAAAGAGUACAACGAGCAAUCGCAGAACAUCCAGUAAUGGACUAUGCUGGCUCCAAUGUGAAUCUAACUGUGUCCAGUUCACGUCUGGUGCUAACUCUCCUAGAAACAGGGCGCAUUAUUGCUGCACAUGAUAUGCCACGAAUUUCUUUUGCAUCUGGUGGUGACACGGACACAUUAGAUUUUGUAGCGUAUGUUGCAAAAGAUGCCAAUGACUGGCGUGCCUGUUAUGUGCUGGAAUGUGGUGGAGGACUGGCUCAGGACGUAAUCAUCACAGUAGGGCAGGCAUUCCAGAUGAGGUAUAAGGAGUUCUUAACGCUUCCCACCACAGCAUUGUCAGCAUCACUUAUAUCUGGUGGUGUUGUGGGUGCAGACCGAGAAUAUUAUAAUGAUCUGCCAGGCAAGGUACCACCAGAACUAGGGCCACCACCACCUGUUCCCCCAAUGCCAGCUGGGAUGCAGAGAGAGACCCGUACAGUUACAGCUGUUGGCAGUGGUACAAACAAUGUGUUCCCAUCAACCACAGACCGCUCGACAAGCAGAGAUGGUGUGACCAGUAACCUGAUUGAUCUGAGCACAGAAGCACCUCCUCCACCACCAAUGCCUAUGCCACGUAGGGAACACGAAUAUGUUAAUGAUAUCAUCACAAGGGAUGUUUUUGACAUGCAACCAUUUGCAACAGAAGUGGAGGGCAUUGGUCAGAGAGCUCAGUUGCAGCGUGAAGCAUGGUUUCAUGGACCUGUAAGUCGACAGCGUGCUGAAGCACUUCUUACUCAUGAUGGUGACUUCCUGGUCCGCGAGUCUCAGGGAUCUCCUGGGCAGUAUGUUCUCACUGGAAUGCAGGGUGGUGUAAAGAAGCAUCUGCUUCUUGUAGAUCCAGAAGGAGUGGUUCGCACUAAGGAUCGGAUGUUCGAAAGUGUUAGUCAUCUCAUAAAUUACCAUUGUCACAAUAAGCUCCCUAUCAUAUCAGCGGAAAGUGCACUUGUGCUGCGUCGUCCUGUUUGCAAGUGAAGCAGGUUUGUCAUUUUCUUUUUGCUCGUAAAUGUUCAGACAGUUGUUAUUUUCAGAUGUGUAUGGAAAUUAUUGAUUUUUCUGUUUGUGUUUGCUCUGUUGUAUAUUUUGUGGUGCCGUGCAGCUUUUGCUGUUUUUUGUGUAGCACUAAAUACACUUUUGUGUACUAUUAUUAGAUGAUUAAUAAGUUAACUGUAUAUGAUAUCGCAUUUUCCUAUUAUAUAGGUUUAAUGAUACGUAUCAAAAUGCGCCAGUUGUUUAGUUUUCAUUAUGGUUUCACGCAUGACCUGAUUACCUGCUCUUCAUAAAAUUGUAGUUCAGGUGCAUAUAGUUUGAACAGAAAAAGCCAUUUUAUUGUAUUCUGGGAGUGACAGUCUCAAUUAAAGGGAGCAAAUUAUAUGCUGUACUAUGAGAGAACAUUACUGUUUUUUUCCGAGGAACAUGUUUUGUAAGCCAUGAAUAUUUAAAAGCAUAUAAGUGUUGCUAUGUAUGUCAUUUUAUUUUAUUUACUUUUCUAUAAAGAGUGUAUCAUAUUUUUAAGACAACUGCAUUAUUGUGUGUGCUCAUUGGUGCCAGUUAGUUCUUACAGCUAUAUUUCAAAAGUAGUCUUAGUAAUGUUUCGAAGUAUCCUUUCUAAUUUUACAGUGGAUGGUUCCUAUAAGGGACUAAACAUCAGCAACCUUGAUAAGUAUAUACUGUGCCAUUUACUUUAACUGUAUCAUGUAAUUGUAUGUGCUAUGUAACUAAAUGUGGUGACUGUAGUUGUUUGUGAUCUGAAUAAGAAAAUGAGACAUCAGCUGACACAUCUUGUUAGGUGUGAAUUGGAAGAACAAGGUAGUUAAACUGAGUACAAAACAAUACAAAGGGUGUGGAUCUCUGGUUAUGAUAUUGGUAUCAUUUACUGUAGUCACUUUCCAUUAUAUGUGUAAAUUUUUAUGGUUGCAGUAAAUGGAAAUAAAUGUGAUCGUAUCACCAUGAUUAUCAUCAUAGACAAAAUUUUUGUUCAAUUGUCUCUUUUUUUCCCCUCUUCCCUAUACAUUUGUAUUUUUGAAGUGCACAAUUUUGGGAGAAAAUAAACUUAAUUACUGCCAGUCCUGGUAGAAUUUUCGUUGAAGAAAGCAGUUAUAAAUUGUAAGACAAUUGCAUGAAAUAUGUGUUGAAAGCCUUUUGCAGAGUAGUGAAACCAAGAUCUCCCAUAACAGUUAUUUCUAUGUAGUUGAUGUUGGAUUUACUAUAGACUGUACCUGUGAUAAGAACAUUUAUAAACCAGUGUGACAUGGAAGAUAUGUUGUGCUACUUUACUUUUACAGCAUAUUUGUCAGUUUGAAGUGUCUUGGUUUAGCAUUGGAAUUGUAUGUGAUAUAAACUGUGAUAAAUUUUAUGGUGUUUCAUAAUGUGGUAACAGCAAUUACACAUCACAUUAAACAGUGCUAGAAUAUCAUUUUUUAUUUCUCUCUUUUACCAUACUGGUGUUUCACCCAAUUUACCAGCUAACUUUUCUGUUUAAUUGUUGAAUAUUCCUAUGUCCUGUAACUCAGUUCAGUUUUCUUCCUCAGUCUGAAAGCCAUUGUUUCUGAAAACAUUUGCUCAUGAGUAUUAGUCUGCUGCCACUCAGUAAGUAGCAUAUUUUUUAAAUCUGUUAGUGAAAUUUCACAGAAAAAAUGGUAAUACUAUUUCAAAAUCUACAAAAGCUAUCAAUAAAUGAGAGGAAAAUGAUCCAAAAAUUUGACCUGAAAUGCAUCGUUUAAUUAUGUGUUAGCUUAUGGAAAUAUGUACUGAAAGAUAAGUGAUAAGUUUGUAAUAUAUGCUUGCAGAAUACAGGCAAGCAAAUAUUGCAAGAAUAGUUUUCAGGGUUGCCACAGGUUCGGGAAAUCGGGGAAUUUCAAACAUGUCAGGGAAAUUUGGAAAAAGAAAAAAAUCUCUUUUUUGUAUCAGUAAAUGAGAUGGUUUGUUUACUGAGGUUUCUUGCAUUGUUGCUGGGAGGGUGCAGCUGAGUACAUGCGCUGCUUCCCUACUGCCUCACUCCUACAGCUUCUCCUCUUCCUACCACUCCUCUCAGCUUGCAGUCAGUGUUGUCACCACUUCUUGCUGCUAGCCUAACAGCUGCCGACAAGAGCCGAGGAGAGAUGAAGAGUGGUUUGUUUGGAUCUGAUUCUCAGAGACUGUAGAAGUAGUGUUUCAAAAGCUCCAUAUCGUACCAAGUUCGAGAAUUAAAAAAGAAAGACUUCUUCCACUUAGACUGCUGCCAUACCAUCCAGACCUAAAUCCCACUGAAAGUGUCUAGAAUCUUGCAAAGAAUAAGGCCUGUAAUUGUAAUCAAUCGAGCAUCUUGAUCUUGGAGUUGCAGAAAAUAAUAGCUAAUGCUUUUGCUAUUGUGACUUGAAAGAAGUGUCAUCUCACAUGAAAAAGUGUGUGAUGACUGUUGGGGAUGAUAUUUCUUGAUGGACGAGGAAACUGAGACUAUAACAACAUCACUUGGUGUGGAUUGAAGCAAAAAGUCGUACUGACAUAGCAGCUGGAGGCGGCGCUCGUGUGUGCACGGGCUGUGUGUGAGUGAGUGUGUGAAUGUAUGUGUGCUUUUCUAAUAAAAGCUAUGGCUGAAAAUUUAGCUGUGAGUGUGAUUGUCUUUUCUACUUGCGUAUCUGCAGCUCAGCAAUCACCUUUACAGUGAGUUGCUACCCAUCCUCAUUAUUGUUGAUUCUCAGAGUAUUUGAACAAGUUAUCUGUUGCAUGGAUUGAUCACCGUGGUCUCAUUUCAUCAACAUGCUGUCUGUGGCUCUUGAAUACCUGGCCACGCAAGUGGAUUUCCACGACGGCAUGUCAUUUCUGUGGGUAUCUGUAAUGGAUCAGGCCUGUUGAUCUGAAGCCAUUCAGUUCCUGCUAAUGUGGAGGCUCUGCCCAUCGGAUCUAGUCUCACCGAUGUGCCCACAGACCUGGGCUGUUUGUGUGUGUCAUAAUACAGCAGAGUUUCAUGGUUUAUCCAUGGACCCUCGGACUGCAGUGCUCCUCAGCAGGCUAGAGACCAUGGGCGAUGGAUUUCAGGAAUUGCAACUAUCUCACCACAAGCGUGUUGUGCAGUGUGGCAUUUUAUAGACAGUUUAUUUGUUUUAGUGCAUUUUGUCACUUCAAAAGUAGUUUGUGUUAGAAAGGAUAGAAAGAUAGGAAGAAGAAAAUUGUCAGUCGCUGGCAGUUUGUACGCUAUGUACUUGCAUAUUUCUCAAAAGAAAAAUUUGCACAAUACCUGUAAAAUAAUAGAUACAACACAGUAGGUAAUAACCGACAAUAAAAAACAUUGUAAAACCAACGUUUUAUUAGCGGUCACCUACUGUGUUGGUUUACACAAUUCUUCCCCAUCUUAUCCACUUCUUUCAAGAGGCCUACUUUUUUCUGAGGUUAUUUCUGAAAUCAGUGAAGGUAUUUUAAAUCCAUCUUGUAACUCCAAGGAAAUACGUAUUUUUGUCAUCAAAUGUGUUUCGUUUUAUUGAAAUAAAAUAAUUUCAUUGGUCUUAAUGGAACACACAUGCCAUUUGGCUUGCUUUCUCGAUCUAAAAACAGUUCAUUACAAAAGUUCAUUAGUACUUAAGAUUUUUGCUAAAAUCAGAAAAACACCCUCUACUUGCAAGUUUAUUUUAGAUUCUCAUUUGCACUAUUGUUUCUUGUACCGUAGCUGCAAAAACAGGUUGGCAGCUUACAUCUUAACUGACCUGAUAUCGCAAAAUUCAGAGGAAAAUAUUAAAAUUUUCUGGAAAGCCGGGAAAUAGGGAAUUUCACCUGGGGGAACUUGUGGCAACCCUGGUUUUGGAAUUAAAGCCCCACCAAACAACUUAUGUGCUUUUUAGAGCAUCACUGUACUUUGUAAUUACUUGGUGCACAGUAUCUCAGUAAUUGUUCCUUCCUCAUCUGCAUUCUUUCCUAGAAAAGUAGAGUAAUAAAGAUUGCAAAAUCUUACCCUGGUGCAGUUGCAUCUGCCCUGUAUACACAAAUCUAUCUCUACAUUAUGUACAGAUGUAACUUUUUUUGUGUUAUUAUGCAUUGACAAAUACAAAACCAAAAUACAUUUUUUAAAUGUUUCGUAAACCACUAAGGAAUGUUAUGAAAGCGUGAUUAUUUUGUUUCAUUUAAUCUGUUUUAUAUAUGUUAUCAGAUUAAGAGAGAUCAUAAAAUUUAAGCAGCUCUCAUAAGAGGAGACUGUUAAAUAUCCUGUAUGGCAGAUUUAUGAAAUAGACGUAAAGUUAUUUCAUACCACAGAUUGUAAUACUUUAUUACAUUUGAGAUGUACAUUUCAUUAUUUUGUAAUAAAAUUUAAACAUAUCA